AUAAGCAGGUCUGAAGAGCUUUGACAGCUUAAAAAAGAAAAAAAAGAAUAACUGAAAGGUGAAAAAAAAGCAAACAAAGAAGCUCAAUAAGAGAAACUUAGAAACUUAAGAGACAACUAGGAGUCAGUGACAGAGAGUGUUCAAAUUCUGUGGUGUCACUUCUACAGCAGAUAACCACCAAGAGGAAGAUACAUUUUCUUUGCUCAUCUUAGCCUAAAAACAAGACUAGCAUGUCCCUGGAGGUGAAGGAGAAGACCCAUGUGCGUGUAGUGUUUCUGGGAGCAGCAGGAGUGGGCAAGACGGCCUUGAUCCAACGCUUCCUUCAGGACACAUUUGAGCCCAAACACAGGCGCACGGUGGAAGAGCUGCACAGUAAGGAGUAUGACAUCAGUGGGGUUAAGGUCACAGUGGAGAUCCUGGACACCAGCGGCAGCUACUCCUUCCCUGCUAUGCGCAAGCUCUCCAUCCAAAACAGUGAUGCCUUUGCACUCGUGUAUGCUGUGGAUGACCCCGAAUCGCUGGAGGCUGUCAAGAGUCUUCGAGAUGAGAUCCUGGAGCUCAAGGAGGACAAGUACACACCCAUUGUGGUGGUGGGGAACAAGGUGGACCGGGAGGAGGAGCGCCAGGUGUCCGGUGAGGACGUCUUGUCAACCGUAGAGAUGGACUGGAACAACAGUUACCUGGAAGCUUCGGCAAAGGAGAACGCCAAUGUGGUGGAAGUAUUCAAGGAGCUACUGCAGCAGGCGAACCUCCCCAGCCGCUUAAGCCCCGCGUUGCGAAGACGCAGGGAAACCUUCCCCAAAGACACCGACUUCCGGCCUCCAAUGAACAAGACCAACAGUUGUAUUCUGUCAUAGGAGGAGAAAUGUCUUAAAGGAUGGGACAAGAGAUGAGCCGACGGGCGGUGUGCUGUGAACCAGAGUGCCGCUGGACUGCAGUCAGUGUUGGUGUGAAGUGAAGAGACGCCCGAUUGUGAGAAGCAAUCCGGACCAACAGAUACAAUUUGGGAUUCACAAGCGAGAGAGAAACUGAGGGGGAGAACGAGGUUUCGAGUGAACAGAAACACACUGCCACUUGCAUUAAACGAAGAGAAAAGAGACACACUCGUUACACAGUUGUUUACUUAAUGUAAUGUUGUUGCUGCUUAUUUUUGGUGACAUGCUGCUGUGUUUAGAUCAAUACAUGGCUGGAAAAUUUGUAAUUAAAAACCUUCACUCACAUCAAGGUACUUGUAUGGUUUACCUGGGGAACGUGUAAAUAUAUGUUGUGAGUUGUGCAGAAUUUGUAUUUGUCAUGUACAUUUUUUAGAAUGUACUAAUUCACCUGUAGCACAUUGUCAUGUUUACAAUUGUUUGCAUUCAAUUCCAAUUUACCAUAAAGCACAAUGCAACUCUUAUGUUUAAACAGAAGGGGUGAAAGAGACAAACAUGAACUUUAAAUGCACUUUUCAUUUUGGACUGAUCAUUCUAAAUGAUAUUUCUAGGGAUUAUUUUAUUGUUUCAGUUUUGUAUCAUCGCAUCGACUUAGAAGUUACUACUCUGCUGUUUAUUUGACGUGUAAAAGUGGAACGUGGAUCUAAAUGUGAAAUAAAAGACUAAAUA